AUGACGAUCAAUAGGUGGUUCCUGGAGAUCUGUCCUCAUUCCUGUUUUGCAGGAAACGCCACCUCCGUUUUCCACCCUGGAGCGAGCUGCAACGUGUCCUAUGAGGAGAGCCGUGUGUUCCUGGUGUCGGUGUACAGCUCUGUGUGCGCGCUGGGCAUCCCAGCCAACUUCCUGACGGCGUGGCUGACGCUGCUGCAGGCGCUGCAAGGCAACGUGCUGGCCGUGUACCUCUUCUGCUUGGCGCUGUGCGAGCUGCUCUAUGCCAGCACUCUCCCGCUCUGGAUCCUCUACAUCCAGAACCAGCACCACUGGGUGCUGGGCCCGCGGGCGUGCAAGGUCACCGCCUACAUCUUCUUCUGCAACAUCUACGUCAGCAUCCUCUUCCUCUGCUGCAUCUCGCUUGACCGGCUCUGUGCGGUGGCCUACGCCCUGGAGAGCCGAGGAUGCCGCCGCCAGAAGACGGCCAUCUACACCUCCGUGUGCGUCUUCCUGCUCGUGGGGCUGGUCCACGUGCCUGUGUUUUACAUGAAGGAGGAGCGGACCUGCUUUGAGGAGCUGCCCACCCGCACCAUCAGCGUGUAUUACUACCUGCGCUUUGUCUUUGGCUUCGCACUUCCUCUCGUCUUCAUCGCCUUCAACACCCAGCUCAUGCUCCGGAGCAUCCGGCGCAGCAUGGGCCUGAGCGAAGCGCGCAAGGCCAAGGUGAAGCGCUUCUCAGUGGCCAUCGUCCUCAUCUUCCUGGUCUGCUUCGCCCCCUACCACGUGGUGCUCUUCAUCAAAGCCUUGGCCGUCUCCCUCUAUGGAGCGGAUGUGGAUGCUGUGUGCACCGUGGAGAGAAGCCUGUACACGGCCUCAGUGGUGUUCCUCGGCUUGGCCACGGUCAACAGCGUGGCCGACCCCAUCAUCUACAUGCUGGCCACUGAGCAUUCCAGGCAGAAAGUGUCCCAAAUCCACAGGGAGUGGAGAGCCUGGGCCACCAGGGCCGACCACACCAGGCUCACCAGCUCCAAGGACAUGGGGACCCCCAUGUCCCCCAGUGACCUCGCCAGCUGCCAAAGUGGCUGA